CCGUACUCGGGUCGGCCUCCAAUUCAGUGCGUAAACAAGGGCUCCAACGAGAUAUUUUGAGCUGGUGAACAACUCUUGUCUUCAGCGGCGUCCUGUCCUCAACCACUCUAUACACCUGAGGAGAGGCAGGCGAGGGGGUUAUUGGUCGAGGUGGAGGUUUAGGUGUGUGCAGGAGGCGGCGAGAAGACCGGUGGAGGUGAAUAUAGCGAAGAGUGGGUUGAGAAGAACUCUGGGAGAUACAUAUUGUAGAAGAUAUUAAUGUAAACACUAUCAGUCAUGGACAGUCGUAAUGGGUCAAAGCAUAUAUCAAGAAUUCGUAUCCUGAGUCUUGGCAACCCUGGAGUUGGCAAGAGCUGCCUAAUAAAGAGAUAUUGUGAAAACCGUUUUGUUACUAAAUAUAUCCCAACGGUUGGUAUUGAUUAUGGUUCAACAACUGUUGAUGUUGAUGGACGUAAAAUCUCUGUUCACUUCUUUGACACGUCUGGCAGCCCACUGUUUGAAGAGGUUAGAUGUGAAUUCUAUCGAGAUAUGCAAGGAAUAAUGUUAACGUACGAUGUGACUGACAGAUCAUCGUUCAUUGCUCUGGAUGCCUGGCUGGCUGAACUAAGACAUAAUCUGGGAGCAUCUAAUGAGUGGAAUUUAGCAGUUGUAGUGUGUGGCACAAGAACAGACACUGGUGGGACGGGUGGCCGUCAAGUGUCGGAAGCUGAUGGUCGGAGCUGGGCUGAAAAACACAGCUUUUCUCAUGUACUGACUUCUGCUGCUCUAGGCAAUGGAAUUACGCAAGCCUUUCAUACAUUGUUUGUACAAGCACUACAAAUGAAAGAUGGUUUGCGGCAGCAAGGAGCAGCAACGGGUGCUAUUGAUCCAGAUGUUGUUCAAGCUAUUCAUCGUUUAACCCAUGCAAUAGAUGAUUUUGAUAAGAUGGGAAUAAGUCGACGCUCAAUUUCAAGGGAUGAAGUGAACAAAGCAUAUCGGCGAUUAGCAGCGCUAGUUCAUCCCGAUAAGUGCAAGGCACCUGGAGCCGAAGAAGCCUUUAAGGCGCUUACACAGGCAAGAAAUAACCUUCUCAAGAUUAUGACAGAAACUACAGUGUAACUGCUUAGGAAAUGGAAAUAUAGUGCAAAUAUUGUUGAAAUAAGUUUUAAUCUAUCAUUUAAGAUUUUUCAAUAAAAUGUGUCAAAGCAUUUUUAAAUGAGAGUUUUUGAAGAUUUUAAUAAAUAUAAAAGAUACUUUGAAAACAGCAACUGAUACCCUGUUUAUUAUAUUUAAUGUAUUUUUAAGUUAGCAUCCUGUAUGUUACGUCAUCCUAGUGUAAGAUAACAACUUGUGAAUUAAGGUAUCAUUGCUUUAUUUAAAUACAUUGUGAAGAUGAUUACAAUUUUUUUAUUGCAUAUUAAAUUGCACCUCCGUCCAACACUUAAAUAUGAGCGAGUUUUGGAUGUACAGAAGUGUGUGAUUAGUUUAUAUAGACAAGGAGAUAAAAUAUUUCCGAGUUGAGAAGCCAGAUCGUGAGCAAAUACGUAAAGUGUACAGGUGGAAUAGGUGACUGCAUUGCAUGAAGUACUGUACUAAUAAUGUAUUUUUCUGAAGAGCAGGUUAUUAUACAUUUUGUUGGAAAACAAUUCUACUGUAUUGCAAACUUAAAGAAUUUUGUUUUCUAUAAAAUGAGUCAAUUUGGAAUAUACAUCAUAAGAAAACAAAUUUUGACCAGACAUAAAAGUAGAAAGUGGUUGAGAGAGGAAUAAAAUUGUUCAUGUACGCAAGAUGGCAAGUGUUAGUAGAUGGUAGAUGGUAGAAGAGUUAUUGCUUGAAGUAUACAGCAUACCAGGGUACCUGAUGAGUGGUUGUCUUGGUUAUAUGGUAACUUUAUUUUUUUUUAUCUUCCUAAGUAGCAAAUAUUCUGCAAGUAAAGUAAUUAUGGUAAAGUUAGAAGCACUGUAAAUUAAUCUAGUUUUAUUCUACGGUGUGGCUGUUCAAUUAAUAAAAUACCAGCUUUGUAGUUGGUUUUGAAUGAGUUUUAUUUAUAGAUAAUUGGUACAAUUGGUAUGUUAUUUAUCAAUUGGUAACAUCUGAGUGGUAUUGGUGAAGGUAUCAGCAGACCUCUCCUGAUCAUGUGUUGUUUUAUAACAAGAUGAAUAACAAGAUAAUUUUUUAGUUAAUUCUAAUGUUGACUGAUAAUGUUUGGGCACUAUAAAUGUGAUUUGGUCAGCAGGGGUUAUCUUAAGAUGAUUUCGGGGCUUAACGUCCCCGCGGCCCGGUACUCGACCAGGCCUUGGGGGUGCGGGAGUUUGUUGAUCCAUUCUUCAAUUUGGCCAACUUUGUUAUUAGAGGAAUUAUACCAGGCCAGCAUUGCAACACAAUAUAUUUACCAGUCAUAUUAAUACAAUAUCAAGCUAACUUGAAGUCUUUAUCUAGAUUUAUUCUAGAACAAGAAAACAAAAGGGGCAUUUGUACAUAUUUAUUUACAUUAAUUAUUUUAAUGAAUGAUUAGGCUUACAGGGCAUUCUUCAAAAUAUUUAGUCAUCCUUCAAUUUGUCCUGUUGACUGACGUUGCAUAAGGUAAUGAAAUAUGUAUAAUUAUGUACAUGAUAUUUUCAUGUAUAUAACACGAAAACAUGAACAUGAUAGAAUUGAAGAACAUGAUAUUUUCACCAAUAUAAUAUAAACUUUUGAUAUAAAAAUAUUUGUUUUAAUUGGAAUGCAAAGGUUGCAAAUGUAGUGGAAUUACAAAUAAUAUCCUCUAUACACAUCUUGUAUAACCUGGGGCUCUUUUUGGAUAUAUCUUGUAUGAUGUAUAUGUAUUGUAUACUUAAUUAAAAUAUAUGUUCAGUAA